GGGGGGGGGGGGGGGGGGGCGAGGAGAGAGGCAUGCAUGAGUCAUGGUAAUUGCUUUGCUUUGUAGUUGGGGGUGUGUUGUUUGGUGUUUGUAUGUAAUGGUCUGGUCAUUUAUGCCAAUGCUCUCUUUCUGUCUCUUCACUCCUUUGAAUACUUCUCUUUCUCUCUCCUUCUCUACGCCGCCUCUCUCUCUCUCUCUCAUCUUACUUCCACUGCCUCUGCAUUCUUUCCCAAAUUUGUUGAAAAAGCUUUUGUUGAAUUCACAUUAUAGCCAUGACUUCCUCAUCGUUCUGUAUCUAGUGCCGCCGUUUCUUUCCGCUCGGAUACAGAUUGUUGUUGCAUUGAAGGUCUAUUCUUGGGGAUCUACAUUGCCCAGAAUAUAGCUUGCUUUGUUUAUUUGUGAAUAGGGAUUCUUUAAUUUCCUGGCAUUCACCAGAUGGAAAAGGGAAUUAACCAACUAGAGUUGGAUGAAUUUGAGGAGCUUCUUGGUGAGAUUCCUAAUGCUACUUCUGAGGCUCCUCUUUCUGAGGAAUCUGGAAUCAUCAAUUCCUUGAAAGACUUUAAAAGGGUGCCUUUGGAUGAUGGCUUGUCCUUGGAACGCUCCAAGCCUUUAUGCGUGGAUCCAUCAAAAGUGAUGCUCAGUGAGAAACUUCAGAACAACGGGAGUUUAGACAAAGGAAAGUUACCUCUGAAUAGAAUUGAGCAAUCACACAUCAAGAGGAUCCAACAAGAGGAACCAAAUCUGCCUGCUGACCAGUUCUUGACCUCUGCAUUUGCAGAAUUGAGCUUCAAUGAAGGGGCAACAACAAAAGCUGAAAGUCCUCCAUUGGUUAAUUUCAAAUCCGUUCAAGAUCAUACUAUUUUGUUAAAUGGGCAAUACUCAAAUGGCUUAAAGAAACUACCUUUUAGUAUGGAUUCUCGGGCAAUGUUUGUCCCCUCUUUCCCAUCACAGAAUAAUUCAUCUAGCGGUUUUGAAAGGGUUGAUGCAAAGAAAGGUUUCCAAGAAAGUUCAAAUUCAUUUGAGGUCAGUGUUCAAGAAUUCAAGAAGCUGUCAGUUGGUUGUUGCCAAACAAUUGAAAAUCUUUCUGGCACCAUGCCAUUCAUUCAUGCAGUGCAAGGCUUUCAGCUCCUAAAUGUACCUGUUCACGGAGUGGAGUUUCCGAUAUUUUCUCACCAACAACAGUACUUUGUGGAUUCCCAGUCUCCACUUCCUUAUUUACAUUCACAACGACUAAGCCAGCCUCAUGUUACAUGGAGGCCUAUGGAAGAGGAGCAGUAUUACAACAGAAUGCAUCAGCAAUACCUGUAUAUGCAACAGCUCAGGAGUCGGCGGUUGGAAGCUCAGUAUCCAAUUCAAGCAAAUAGGAAUGUGACAGAUAGGCUAAUGAAUCAGAACUUCAGGCAACCAUGUAAUGAGAGGACAAAUCAAGAUGCCGUGUGGAACAAGGCUACAGUUUCAACGAGCAUACACCUAUCUAAUCCUGCCCUUUCCUCCACAGAUUUUAACAAAAUGCAAGUUUCAGACAAAGUGGGGAGACAUAAUUUUCCUGAAAAGACUUCAACAAGAUCACAUGAACAGAAUUCUCUCAUAUCAUUCAAAUUUGGCUCCUUUGGAGGAAAUGAACUACUUGCAGAUGUCAACCAGAAUGGAAGAGUUCUCUCAAAUGGUUACUACCAUCAAAGUUUAUCCAAUUCAAAUGCUGCAUUCCAGUUAGGUAGUGUGAUCUCUAAAGGUUUUCUGGCCAAUACUGCUGAGCUGAAACAUAAUAAUUCAAGGCCACUGAUGCAGAAGUACAACUCUAUUGAUGGAAUUUCUGGUAGAAUAUAUUUCAUGGCAAAGGACCAAUAUGGGUGCCGCUUUUUGCAAAGGGUAUUUACAGAGGGCACCCAAGAAGAUAUCGAAAAGAUUUUUCUGGAGAUUAUUGUGCAUAUAGUUGAGCUCAUGACAGAUCCUUUUGGGAAUUACCUUGUCCAGAAGCUGCUUGGAGUGUGUGAUGAAGAUCAACGGAUGCAGAUACUUCGUGCAAUCACUAGAAAAUCUGGGGACCUUGUUAGGAUUUCAUGUGACAUGCAUGGGACUCGGGCUGUUCAGAAGGUUAUUGAAACCCUUAAGACUCCAGAGCAUUUUUCUAUGGUUGUCUCCUCACUGAAGCCCGGUAUCGUGACCUUGAUAAAGAGCAUGAAUGGCAAUCAUGUUGCACAACGAUGUUUACAGUAUUUAAUGCCUGAAUAUAGUGAGUUCCUUUUUGAAGCUGUGAUUUCUAAUUUUGUUGAACUAGCAACAGACCGUCAUGGCUGUUGUGUGCUUCAAAAGUGCCUUAGCCAUUCUGAUGGUGACCAAAGGCGUCGUUUGAUUUGCGAGAUCACUUCAAAUCUACUCAUUAUGUCGUUAUCACCGAUGAUGUACCCAGUGGUCCUAACUAAUGGGGGACUUCACACCCUGAAUUAUGUUGUGCAAUUUGUGUUUGAAAUUGAAGAUCCAUGGGCAACAGUUGAUAUUCUUGACCAGCUGGAGGGUGACUAUGGGGACCUGUCCAUGCAGAAAUAUAGCAGUAAUGUGGUUGAAAAAUGCCUGAAAUAUGCAGGAGAGGAAAGCCAAUCUUGUAUUAUUCACGAGUUGAUAAAUAAUCGUCGUUUAGAUCAAAUCAUGCAAGACCCCUACGGAAAUUAUGUUAUCCAAGCAGCGUUAAAUCAUUCGAAGGGAAGUCUUCAUGCUGCAUUGGUGGAGGCCAUAAGGCCUCAUGUUCCUGUGCUCCGGACCAGCCCAUAUGGGAAGAAAGUCCUUUCAAGCAAUGGUCUCAAAAAAUAACCCCUGGGGGUAGGGUACUGAAUGUUUCCUCUAAUGCUAUGAAUUUUGUAAUAAACAAAGGAUGAGGAGCUCUGAACCCAGCCUUUACAGCCUGAUCUCGAGAUUUUCAAGCUUUGUACUUUAGGAGGAGAAGUUUAAUGGUUAGAGCUAACUUUUACAUCUCAUCUGAAAAGAUGAAAGGUGACUUUUCAAUUUAAUUUAAUUGUAAAGUCCAGCCCACACUUCUUAAAACUCAAGUGUUAAACAGAGGGAAACUGGAGUCUUAUAACCAGCACAGAUUGGGCAAUUCCAAGUGAUGUGAGACACAUUCUAACACACCUUCCUAGACCACAACAUAUAGUAGCCAGAUAAACGGCACACCAAUCACAAGCCCAACCAACUGGUGUGGCGUUUGUCUGGUUACUGUAUGUUGUGGUUCAGGAGAGUGUGUUAAAAUGUUUAUCACAUCGCCUGAAGCUGCCCAAUCUAUGCUGGUUAUAAGGUUUCAAUUUUCGUCUCAUUAAUAUCUGGGUUUUAAGAAGAAAUGUAAGCUGAACCUUUCAAUUUCAAAUUAAUUUCCAUUUUGACUAUCAGAGAAAAUUUGACAUAACAUUCACGUGUUUGUAGAUUUUCUUUUCUUUUCUAUUCUUUUCUUCUUCUGUUUUUUUCGGUUGGCAUAGAAAUAAAGAAAUUCAAAGUGAAGAGUUGGGAAGUUGUAAUUUGCCUACGCUUUUUUAAUCAAACAUCUUGGCCUCUUGGGGUGGUUGCAGGA